CAUGGUGUGUAUUCUGACAUGGUGUCUAUUCUGACAUGGUGUGUAUUCUGACAUGGUGUGUUUGGUGGGUAAGUUUGUUUUUAAUGUGCCUUACAGUGAUGCCUGUGAUGGCAGCAGUGAAUGUCGACCGGAUCCUUUGGUACGCUACGGAGGAUAAAGUGGAGGAUCUAAAAGCAGCAAUACUUGAAGGUGGUGUUCUGAAAGAGGAAAUCAAACUCCAAAAGGACGCCAGGGGAGAUCCAUUGUUGGCAAAGUUGCUGAGGAGUGCCUGCAGAAGAAAUGCUACUUCUGUUGUCAAGUUCCUGGUAAACAUUGUUGGCAGGAACGUGCUGAACGGUGCAGGGGAGGAUAAAUGUACACCACUUCACUGUGCCACUGAUGGGAACAAGGCCGACUGCGUUCUGCAUCUACUGCAUGCCGGAGCUAACCCAGAUCAACCCGAUAUAUGUGGAAGGACACCACUUCACUAUGCCAGUUGGUGGGGUCAUAUCGACUGUAUGCGGCAUCUACUGGACAACAAUGCCAAUCCAAACCAACCUGACCUAGAUAGACGUACACCACUUCACCGUGCCACUAUUGGGAACAAGGCAGACUGCGUUCUGCAUCUACUGCAUGCCGGAGCUAACCCAGAUCCGACCGAUAUAUAUGGAAGGACACCACUUCACUAUGCCAGUGAGUGGGGAUAUAUCGACUGUCUGCGGCAUCUACUGGACAAUAAUGCCAAUCCAAACCAACCUGACCUAGAUCAAUGUACACCACUUCACCUUGCCACUUUUGGGAACAAGACCGACUGCGUUCUGCAUCUACUGCAUGCCGGAGCUAACCCAGAUCAACCCGAUAAAGAUAGACGUACACCACUUCACAAAGCCACUUUUGGGAACAAGGCCGACUGCGUUCUGCAUCUACUGCAUGCCGGAGCUAACCCAGAUCGACCCGAUAAAUGGGGAAAGACACCACUUCACUCUGCCAGUGACUUUGGUCACAUCGACUGCAUGCAGCAUCUACUAGACAGCAACGCCAAUCCAAGCCAACCUGACAAGAAUGGCGACACUCCAUUGGACAUUGCGGCGAAGCAGAAUGGACCGCGUGUUGUGAAGUAUCUAGUCUCCUACGUACUGCGUAAGACAACAAAGGAUCAGUGCCGGACGUUACUUGUACAAGCUUACAACAAGUCUCUUGCGGAUUGCCGACCAGUACUACAGGACGGCAUCAUGGAUUGCCUAGUUGGUGUGCACAUUAGUCAAGAAGACAUGGAUGCUUGGACUGAGUUACUCGGAAGACUAUCCAAACAACGUUUCUUGGAGCUCACCCAGGAAGCCAUAACCAUUCGGAAAGAACUACCUCCACCGCUUCUGCAAGUUUCAACCAGCAUCCGCCGGAAAACUAACCAGCAAUCGCCACUGGUUGUUCGACUUCUAGGUCACCCUGGUGGAGGAAAGUCAUCCCUUCUGAAAUCAAUUCUACGCCGCCGUCGUUUCUUUGGCAAAGUUAAGAAUAUCUUCCGCGGUGACCAAUGUGACACGAUACUGGCCUCCAGGACACGAGGUAUGCGACGUUACGUGGAUGACGGCACAAUAUACCUUGACCUUGGAGGUCAGUAUCGAUUCAUGUCCCAACAUCAACGACUGACGAAAUUCUCCGAUGUCUGGGCUCUCAAUCUGCUCAUGGUGUCGGGCAUGGAGUCCAUCGUGAACAUGAGACGUUGGAUCCGCACCUGGGCAGAUUUCAUUGUCUGCAGCUGUGCAGAGGGCACAACCACUCACAACAAAGCUCUUAUUGUUGUGACACGCCGGGACCGUCUCUCCAAGGAGCGCAUGACCGCCAUUGAGAAGGAGUGUGCGACGCUGCAGAAAGUCUUAGGCGUGCAUCUGGAAUUCCUGGAUGAACCCAUCCCAUUCGUCAAUGCCAUCAGCGAGACGUGUGAAGGUGUGGCUGCAUUGAAAGAAUUGAUCCAACGACACAAGGAAAAGAUGCAACAAGCACCUGGACCUGUUUCGGAGGUGGUUGCGUCCAUUUCGGAGGCACAUCUGGAGAAUGUUCGUGAUCAAUGCAGAGACAGUCCUGCUAUCAGCACUGACCAGUUUGUGGAACUCCUGGCUACAGCAAUUGCUCGCUUUGAUUACAACUGCGAUGACUCUUUAACACCAGUUGUACUGAAAGCACUGAAGGAAGUCCUGGAUGUCAACAUGGAGCUGUACAACCUCCACCAGAAAGCGCUGGUAUUCUAUUUUCCGGAUGCCAAGCUGGUGGUUGUUCAACCUCUAUGGUUGAUGAGUGACAUCACAGGAAAAUUUUACUCGCCAAAGUCAUUUCCUCCACCGAUAAUUAUCUGUGAUGAGUUUGGAUUCGCUUCACACAGCCAUGUCAUUGAAGUACUGGCCAAAGAUUCGCCGGUGCGUGGUGAAGACGCUCUCGACAUUGCCGUACGCCUGGGUAUGUGUCAUGUGACCGAGGAUGGUGAGCAAGUCAUGAUUCUUCCUGCACAGGCUGAAUCACGCACUAGUCUGCACUGGGAGAAAGCCAACCCCGACCAGCACAUCUACUACACUGGUCGCCGUCUCUACUGUAGGUCCGGUGUCGCUAUCAGCGCAGCGUUGAUGCCCACCAUACAAAUCUCACUCGUCAACUCCUUCACCAACAGGACACGCAAGUUUCCUGUCUGGCAGGGAGGUGUUCGUGUUUCGCUAACUCAGUACGUGAACACGGACACGCUGGUGGAGAUCCCACACGGUCAACUUGCGCUCAACAUCAUAACCAGAGGGCCCGACCAACGUAGCGUGACUUCUCAGCAGGAAACUAUCUGGGAUCACAUCUCUGCUCUUCCUCGCCAACAAUCUCCUGGUUCUGACAUGUCAACGGUGUUCGUUGAUGAUGGAUGCCUGCCAAGUAGCGAGCUUCUACGACAGCGGGAUCUGCAAGGAGAUCUGAAUGCUACCAUGGAGUUCCUUGCCAGUGAGCGACUGCGUGCUCAGUUUGUCAUGCCUGAUGAGCGGGAGCCCGACACAAGAAAAUAUCAUCCGUAUGCUGUGUCUACAAGCUGCUGUAAUGCAGAUACGGUUGAGGAACGUCGCAGAGCCGCACGUCUCUGCUCAGCCUUCUAUCAGCAUCGCAUUCUCCUACGCCCCGACUUUCCACUGCGCGACUGUCUUCUCAAACUUAUCGAAUGUGGACAGGUGAAUACAUCCUUCCUGGACGACGUGGAUGAUUGUUUGCGGAAACACCAGGCCAAGAUGGCCGCCGAUCUGUUUCGCGGGUCGAUUUCCGACUUGCCUGACAGCGUGGUACUAACCCUAGUGGAUGAAGUCCUUCCCAAGAUAGCCAGUGCCAAAGAUCUGUAUCAGGCAAUGCUGGAGUGUCCAGGUCGGGUCCUCUGUACUGUCAGCCCUAGUGAUAGCCACUCCACGACUGCUGCUUCUGAUGACGUCGCCAGAUCAGCAACUGAUGAGUACAAUCCCUGGGACCAUCCAGAUUUCUGCCUGGACAAGUACCGAAGAUGGAUUAUCUCACUGAACUCCAGAACGUUCCGUGACAAAGUCAUAGCACGGAGACUUCUUGCAGACAACCUGAUUAUCAGGCGCUUCAUUGAACUAGAGAGACGUGAUGGCUCAGAUGUACACAACGAGCAACUGCUGCAGCACAUGCAGGGAUUCGGGCGUGCAUCGUUCAUCAUUUUCUUAGACAUCAUCACAGACAUGAACUCACUCUGGGCGUUCAAGCGUACUGAGUUUGAGGCUCUGCUUCAUCGGCCAUGAUGCCCUUGUUGUCAUGACUACCCAGGCGAUGUUUCUCUGGGAUCUUCCGCUACUGCUGACUUCCAGUUGUCCAUUAGAUUUGUAUCGAUCGUCUCCACUUGGACCUACCCUGUGAAGUAUAGGUCCAGGAUGGAUUGAUGAAAAGCUGAUGUAUUAUGAUUUCCUGCAUGCAGUUUAUAGUCGCAUUUCAACAGAUGUUUUCCAACUUGUUCCCUUGAGACUGAAAUAUUCCAGCAACAUGUGUUCUGUUUGCUCUGGCAAGUGCCACAGUUGUGCAUUGCUGUUCACUGUCCCCAAGUUCAUGAUGAUGAUGUCAUGCCCAUAGUAAUGCUAUCAUUUCCAUAGUGAUGAUGUCAUGCCCAUAGUGAUGAUGUCAUGCCCCACAGUAAUGAUGUUGUGCCCAUAGGCCAUAGUGAUGCUAUUAUGUCCAUAGUGAUGAUGUCAUGCCCAUAGUGGUGAUGUCAUACCCCACAGUAAUGAUGUUAUGCCCAUAGUGAUGAUGCUAUUCCCACAUUGUUGUGCAUUACAUCCCCCUAAUCUAUAGUGCUCUUCUUGCAUUACAUCCCCCUAAUCUGUAGUGCUCUCUUCAAAUUCCUUUUGGAGCUGUACAUUUUGUAUCCACUCACUCACUUGUAUUAUCAGCUCAGUCCACUGGACAUUGAGCGCUCUGAACAGUCCGAAGUUUUCGCGAAGAUUCUUGGACACUUGAACUUAUACCUUUGUAUUUGGCACAAUGUGUUAUAACUGACACUUGAACUUCCACCCAUGUAUUUAGCAUACCUAGUUUACCACCCCCCCCCCCUCCCCCCUCUGUUGAUUUCCUAAAUCCCACACUGCCACAGGCCCCUGAUGUGCCCUGCAAUUGAUAUUUAAUUUUUUAUGUCGCUGGCACUUGAUUAUAUACUUUAUAAUAAUAAUUAUUAUUGCUAUGAAUGCAGGAGAGCCAGUCUGCAUCACUAUCAGCUCUGUCACAUAGUCACAUAGUCACAUAGUCAUUGCCUUCGUCACAUUCUCCUGUACUAGUGCAGUGCUGCCCAAUGAAAUCCUGUCGCGAGAGUCAA